UGUGUGCAUAACCUAUUUAACAGGAUACCGACAAACACUUUCAAGCCCAAAAAAGGACCUUAGAAAUGAGACGCGUGUAUCCAAUUCAUGAUCAACAUAAUUCCACCGAACAAAACUUGGUGACUUGUCUUUAACGAGCACAAUACCUUUAAAGCUUUAUGUUUAGGACCAGCAAUCGUCUUUGUGUGGAUACUUAACAUUAAAGCUCGGAACCUGAGAAUCUUUGGCCUUAAAGCAACCUUUCUUUCAAGCAAUUCUACAAUUCUCUAUCUUUUGUCACUAAAAAGCUCAAACCCCAUGUUGCCUUUCUUCUUGAGGCUGCAUGAGCUGUGGCUCUUUUGGACUUUUAGAGAAUGGCCAUCACACAUUCCGACCUUGAACCAAGCCGCAGGAGCACCGAGUUUGGUAGCAAAACCUGGGCGUUCCUUAUAGUAUUGAUCAUUCUCUGUGGCCUAUUUUGCUUUGUUCUUUGUCUCAUAGCUGAAGCCUUGCGUUCUGAGGUCACUUGGGUGGGAAGCGGUAAUAAAGGAGACGAAGGGAAAUAUGAAUGUGUGUAUAGUGGCAGUGGGAAAACACCAUUGUUUUGUGCUGCUGCUGCAUUUGUUGGACUAGCUGUUGCCAUGGUGGUGGAACACACCUACCUGUUGAUUGCGGUUGCAAUAUCGCCACCUUCAGCUCUAAUUGCUUGGGACCCUGACUCAGCUCCUGCCAAGUCUCUAACAUGGCUAGCCGGAUUUUUCUUUGUUUCAACUUGGAUCUGCUUUUCCGUAGCAGAGAUUUUGUUAUUAGUCGGGUUAAGCGUAGAGUCAGGCCAUCUUAAGAAUUGGAACAGGCCAAAACCAAGUUGCCUCGUCAUUCGAGAAGGCUUGUUCUCUGCAGCUGGAGUGUUCUCCUUAACUACAGUCUUCCUCGCUGCUGGUUUAUACUUGACAGCACUGCGUGCAGAAAGAGUAUCUCAAGAGAUGGAGAGCGUGCGGCGUGAAAUAGUAGAGAGAUCCAUCCUCUAUGAGUCUCCACCAAGGUCGCCCCCAGUACAUCACAUGGCAACCAUGGCAAGAGAGAACCCCAUCACCGCAGAGAAUCAUACUCAGCCACCAUUGUUUGUAUUUCCACAAGCAUUGAGCAAGAACUCAAAUGCAGUGUGACGCAAGCCAGCCAAGGAUAGAUUGUUUGCGACUCUAGCUAAGCUGAAGGCACAAGUUACGUCUCCAUUCUACGCAAGUAAAAUGGAGAAGCUGUAUGUUGUUCAUUUUCAUGAAAUUAUCAUUCAUUUAUUUUUUGCAUUUUAACCUUGUACAAGCUUUCAAGAGAAACACAUCGAGAUGCAUGUGAAUAUAUUGUUAUUUUGCAAUGAACAAUUAAUUUAAAAGGUGAAAAAACAAG